UGCGGUCCCAGUUGGUCCUUGCUGAAAACUUUGAGGUUACAGGCUGCAAGCAGUUUGAAAAUCGCAUCACUAUUAAUUGAAUCAAUUGUAAAGUUUAUUUAUCGUCAAAAUGAAGGUGAAGAAGAAAAGUCAGAAAUCUCUUAACUCAUCAAAAAAUAGAAAGUUAGUGAUUGCUAAGAAAAAGAAAAAAAAUUUGAGUAAGUUGACAACAGAAGAGUUUUUUAAACAGAAUUUUGAAACAGAUAGCGAUAUAUGUGAAGAUAGUGAAGAAGAUAAAAAUAUAGAUAAUAGAAACAAUGAACAGAUGGAUAGUGAUAACAGUGAAGAUAACUUAGAUCCAGCAGAACACAAAAAGUCAUUAAUAAAAUUGAAAGACACUGAUCCCGAGUUUUAUCAAUAUCUGAAAGAUAAUGACAAAAAUCUUUUGGAUUUUAAAGUAUCAGAUGACGAAGAUGACAAAGAUGAUAAUUCUUCAAUAAAUAACAAUAGACAUGUUCCUAAUGAAAAUUUAGUGGUUGCUAGCGAUGAUAGUGAUUUUCAGCCAGAAGAAACUGAAGGUGGUUCUAAAAAGAAAAUCACUAAACAGUUAUUGAAAACUUGGCAACAAAAAAUACAAACAGAUAAAUCGAUAAUCACUAUUAAAUGUGCUGUAGAAGCCUUCCAUGCAGCUUUGGACAGUAUUGCAAUACCUGAUAAGAAUACUAUGAAACAUAAAAAUAUUACGGAAUAUAAAGUAGAAGGAAGUGCUAUAUUCAAUGGUGUAAUGCAACUAUGUAUAAUGUAUCUGCCUGAUGCAUUUAAACGUUUUUUGAAGCUAGAUGAAGAAUCACAUGAAGCACAUAAAUCCACUAGAUUUGUAAAAAUACGAUAUAUUUUAAAAUUGUACUUAUCUGAUUUAAUCAAAUUAUUACAAAGUGUAGCAUCAUCCAGUAUUCUCACAAUACUUCUAAAGCACUUACGCCAAGUGUUGCUUUACACUUGCUCGUUUUCACGUUUAACUAAACCAUUGUUAAGGACUUUGAUAAAGUUUUGGUCAUCUGCAGAAGAAACUGUUCAGGUUACAGCUUUUUUAAAUAUACUACAUGUUGCAACUAACAAAAAAUCUGUAUUAGAAAAACUAUUAAAGACCAUGUAUGUGAAAUAUGUUCAGAAUUCAAAAUUUGUUUCACCUAACACAUUACCAGGAAUAAAUUUUAUGAAACAUUCUUUAGUUGAAAUUUAUCUACUCGACCAUGAUGUUUCAUACAAUCAUGCCUUUUUAUAUAUUAGGCAAUUAGCGAUUAAUUUAAGAAAUGCCAUAACAUUAAAAAAACAAGAAAACUUCCAAGCUGUAUAUAAUUGGCAGUACAUAAAUUCUUUACGUUUUUGGACAGAAUUGAUAAUUAAAUCAAAAGAGAAAUCGAUGUUACGAUCACUGUUGUAUCCAUUAGUGCAGGUAAUUGUUGGAACAAUAAAAGUAAUUCCAACGCCACAGUACUAUCCAUUGCGAUUUCACUGCAUAGAAAUGUUAAUAAUCAUUUCUAACAAAACAAGGACAUUUAUACCUAUUUUACCAUUUCUUCUCGAGAUACUGGAUUCUUAUGAUUUUAACAAAAAACAUAAAGCAGUUACGAUGAAACCUAUACCACUUAUUUGUAUAUUAAGGAUGUCAAAAUCGCAAUUAGUAGAGAAUGGUUUCAAGGAUAGUAUUAUUGAAACUGUUUAUCGAUUUAUAUUGGAAAAUGCAGCAAACGAUAGUUAUAAGAUAUAUUUUCCAGAUUUAUACAUACCUUGUAUAAUACAGUUAAAAGCAUUUCUGAAAAAGUGCCAUGUAGCAGCUUAUUGUAAGAAGAUAAAACAGCUUCUAAAUAUGAUUGAAGAAAAUAGAAAAUAUAUUGAAGCUGAGCGUAUUAAAUCAAUGAUAAACCUGAAUAAUAUAGCAGAAAUCACAAAUUGGGAAAAUAGAAUGAAAACAGAUGGCACAGAAAUAUCCAAAUUCUAUACUUCUUGGAUUGAAAUUCAUAAAUCUCAGAUGCUUAAACUUCUUACGAAGAACGAAGAAGUACUUAAUGUACCGGUGAACACACCGAAAAAGCAGAAACUGGAUGAGCGAAAUGCAGAAGAUAGUGAAGAAGAGAGCGAGUUUGAAUUACGAUUGAAGGGAACGGAAAUCGAAACAGAAACGAAAAAGUCAUUAAAUAAGAAAAAGCGUAAGAAAAACAAAAAACAGAAGAUAGCAAACUAUAUCGAGGAUGAAGAUUUGCCGAGAGAAGAUACAGAUAUCGUACAAGAUAUAAAUAGUGAUGAUUGGGGUUAAAAAGAGCAAGA